AUGGCGCAGGACAUCACCAGUUUAACGGGAGAGGAUUAUUUGGAAGGGAGAUCGCCCGGUUCAGACACAGAAGCUUUGAGUCCAGGAGACAAAGAAUAUGAUGACAUUCUGGAGCUUAAUCAGUUCGAUGGGCUGCCGUAUUCCUCCAGGUUUUACAAACUGCUCCGAGAAAGGAAAGAGCUGCCAGCGUGGAGAGCGAAGUGUGAAUUCAUGGAUACUUUGGCCAAAGCACGGUUUGUCAUUGUCAGUGGCUCUGCCAGAACUGGGAGAAGCUCUCAAAUUCCCCAGUGGUGUGCUGAAUUCUGCCUGUCAGUCCAGUUCCAGCAUGGCAUGGUGGUGUGUACCCAGAUUCACUCCCAGCAGGCGGUAGACCUCGCCCUGAGAGUGGCCGAUGAGAUGGAUGUCAACAUCGGUCAUGAAGUCGGCUACAGCAUCCCUUUGGAAACGUGUGCCACUGGCGACACGGUCCUCAGGUACUGCACGGACGACAUGCUCCUGAAGGAGAUGAUGUCGGACCCGUUGCUCGAGCACUACGGCGUGGUGGUCGUGGACCAGGCCCACCAGAGGACCGUGGCCACCGACGUGCUCCGGGGUCUGCUGAAGGACGUCGGCCUGCAGAGGCCGGAGCUGCGCGUUGUCCUUCUCACUGCUGUUGAACCGGGCCCAAAGCAGCUGGCCCAUUUCACGGGGUCGGCGGCGCCUCUGAUUCGCCUGGAGAGCCCGGGUGCAGGGGAGGUGGUGCACAGCAGCACCGGUGACAGCUACUUCUGCUCUGCCCUCCGCCUGGCGCUGGAGAUCCACCACUCUGAGGAGGAAGGAGAUGUGGUUGUGUUCCUGGUGACGACGCAGGAGAUCGAUCUGGCCCAUGGCAUCCUGUGUCAUGAGAGGCACAGCUUACACCCUGAUCUGGGCGAGCUCCUGCCCGUUGCUGUGCACCCCGGCCAGCCGGGCGACCUACCGAUGAUGGGGGAGGAGGAGGAGACAGGACUGACCCGCAGAGUAUUCCUCACAUCCGGUCCAAAUGAGGACUUCUUCUGGGCCGCGAGCUCAGUACGCUUUGUCAUUGAUGCCGGGCUCGGGAAAAGAUAUGUUUACAACCCCAGGAUCAGAACCAACUCGGUCAUCAUUCAGCCAAUCAGCACGAGUCAAGCCAGGAGUCGCAAACAGCUGGCAGGUCCAACCGGCAAGUGUUUUUGUCUGUACCCGGAGGACAGACAGCUUCCUCUGGAGAUCCGCCCACAUGUUGUGGAGUCCGACAUCUCUUCCACGGUGCUCUUCUUGAAGAGGAUGGAGAUUGCUGGACUGAGCCACUGUGACUUCAUCGACAGGCCGGAUCCUGAAGGCCUAAUGCAGGCUUUGGAGGAGCUAGACUACCUUGCAGCUCUGGAUAAUGAUGGGAACUUGUCUGAAAUGGGCAUCAUCAUGUCCGAGUUCCCCUUGGAGCCCCAAAUGGCCAAGACUCUGCUCGCUUCCUGUGAGUUUGACUGUGUCAGCGAAGUGGUCAUAGCCGCUGCCAUGCUAACAGCGCCAACUUGCUUCACGGUUCCCUCUGCGGAGCUGAAACCGGAGGUGACCCGGUGCCACAUGAAGCUCCAGCACCCAGAGGGAGACCACUUCACCCUCAUCAACAUCUACAGGGCCUUUAAACAGGGCCAGCAGGAUCCAUCCUGUGAUGAGGAGAAGUGGUGCGAGGACCUCCACCUGAACCACGCCGCUCUGCUGACGGCGGACGCUCUUCGCACUGAGCUCCUCGACACUCUGAAGAGGAUCGAGCUGCCCGUCUCAGAGCCCGCCUUCGGUUCACGAAACAACACCAUCAACAUCAAGAGAGCCCUGCUGGCGGGUUUCUUCAUGCAGGUGGCCCGGGAUGUGGAUGGAUCGGGGAACUACUUCAUUCUGACCCAUAAGCACGUGGCACAGAUCCAUCCUCUGUCCGGCUACGGAGCCGAGAGCCCCAAGCUGGGCCUGCCUGAGUGGGUGCUGUUCCACGAGCACUCCUUCUGUGAGGACAACUGCCUCCGCACUGCCACGCACAUAACACCAGAGGAGUUUAUUCAGAUGGCGCCACAGUAUUAUUUCUACAAUCUACCACCUAGUGAGAGCAAAGACAUCCUCCAAAACAUUUUGACCCACGGAGUGUCUCAGUGCCAAGAGGAGAAACCUCCAAGCUCACCAGACGAACCCCAGGAGGACCGGACUUCUGACCGCUGUGUCAUACAAUGACUAACUCCCCCAUUGUUCACAGUGAUUGUGAUGAAAUAACCAGCAGGACGUUUUGCACUAUAUUGCACAGAAGCACAAUUUCAAUUAAUAUAAUUGAUUAUAUAUUUGAUUUGUCUUUUUUUCUGAGUA